AUGAAACCAGUUGUAGCAAUGCAGGUUGUCGUGAUAGUUGGACUACUAUCGUUCUGGACAACCAAGGUCUUGUUGCGUGCCUACUGGACUCCCUUGCGUCGCAUUCCGGGUCCAUGUUAUGCCAAGUUCACCCACCUUUGGUUGAAGAAGAACGUGAUGUCUGGCCGAAGAGUGCAUUAUAUCCACGCCAUGCACCAGCUGUAUGGUCCGGUGGUUCGAAUAGCCCCCAAUGAGAUCGAUAUAGCCGAUCCUGGAUUGUUCAAACAGGUGCACAAGAUUGGAGGAGGCUUUACCAAAGACGCUUGGUAUCAGUCAUUCCGCACCGGUACUACCCAGGAUGUUUUCUCCAUGAUUGAUGUAAAGGAUCACGCUCAGAGGAGGAAGCUCCUUGCACCGUUGUGGACUAACACCGCAAUUCACAAUAACUGGGAGGCAGCUGUCUCUGAGAAGGUUCGGUUGGCCGUUGCGCAGAUCAAGAAGGAAGCCCAAUCAACGGGAGUUGUCGACAUUUUCAAGUGGUGGACUUUUAUGACCACUGACGUGAUUUCGUUGCUGGCAUUCGGCGAGUCUAUGGGCAUGCUUGAAAGGGGGACGAAAAACAAGUUCAUCGAGGACGUCGAACUCGCGGGUAAGGUUGGAGGAUUCUGUGCAGAGAUACCCUGGGCUAGAAGCCUAAUGGCACUAAUUCCUCUCAAGUUUGUGAGGGAUUUAUUGGACGUAAAUGACCGCGUUCAAGCAUAUGGUGAGGCCGCAAUGGAGAGAGCCAAGACCAAAUCGGGCAAGGAGAACGUUUUUUCGAGGUUGAUAGCCGAAGGCGACAGAAAAGACGGCCUCACUCGAUACGAAGUCGCUUUCGAAGCUGCGGGCUUUAUUGUUGCGGGAUCAGGUACCACUGCAGUCUCGCUGACAUACCUCGUAUGGGCUGUCCUCAGCCACCCGGAUGUCCAGACUCAGCUCGAAGCCGAGGUUGCACGAUUACCGCAAGGAUUUGAUGAUAGCCAGCUUGAAGAGCUACCUUAUUUAAACGCAGUGAUUGACGAGACGUUACGACUUUAUGGGGCAGCGCCAGGCAACUUACCACGGAACCCUCCAAAAGGCGGGACAGUUAUUGGUGCAUACUUCAUCCCAGAAGGUACUACCGUGAGCUCGCAGGCAUUCACACUGCAUAGGGAUCCUGUUGUAUACCCAGAGCCGGAGAGAUUCGAACCAAGCCGGUGGAUUGAUGAGCAAGGAACGAACAUCGCUGCAGUGACCGCAUAUGCGCCUUUUGGAGCUGGCUCAAGGACAUGUAUUGGGUUGCAUCUAGCAAAGAUGGAAUUACGACAUGGAGCUGCUGAGUUCUUUAAAGAAUGUCGAGGAGCCCGGAUAGCGCCGACUAUGAAACCAGACGAUAUGGAUAUGCUCAACUUCUUCCUCAUUAGUCCACGAAGUGGACGAUGUGAGAUUGCUUUGAAUGCUCCAAUUAGAUAG